AUUCGUCCUUCACUUCAACCCUAUCCCGAUUCUCUCUCCCCGUCAGCCGUCCUGCGAACGCCCCCACUCCGCCAGCCUUCAACGCCCGUCCUCGCCGCCGACGAACGUCCUCGCCAGCCACGCCGGACCCUCCAGCCGCGUCAGCCACGCCGUCCUCCCCAGCCGCGCCAGCGGCGCCGUCCGCCAGCCGUCGCCACCCCUCAUUGACGCCGCUAGUACUCCCCCGCCAGCCGUCUCUCUUCCCCCGCCGGACCUCUUCUUCCUCUUCGCCGUGAAGAACCUGUAGCCAAAUGUUUUCCAAAAUUGCCAAGAUUAAGCUUGUGAGUUCACAUCCUGAAGUGUAUGAACCGUGCGAUGAUUCAUUUGCAUUAGUGGAUGCGCUACUGGCUGAUCAGGCUAACUUGUCAGAUCACCGGCCCACAUGUUGUAUGGAAGUUGGAUGCGGUAGUGGAUACGUUAUAACAUCUCUAGCACUCAUGCUACGAAAUGAAGUGCCUGAGCCCUUUUAUAUUGCAACUGACAUAAAUCCUCAUGCAGUGAGGGUGACUCGGGAGACAGCGGAUGCCCAUGGUGUUGAUGUUGACUUGGUAAAUACUGAUAUUGCCUUGGGAGUGGAGGCACGGUUGGCUGGGUUAGUGGAUGUUUUGGUCGUAAACCCUCCUUAUGUUCCUACUCCCGAAGAGGAAGUUGGUCGUGAAGGAAUAACCUCUGCUUGGGCUGGAGGGGAAAAUGGUCUGAGUGUGAUCAAUAAGAUAUUGCCUGUUGCAGACAAGCUUCUGUCUGAAAGAAGCUGGCUGUAUCUGCUCACACUCUCUGAUAAUAACCCCUCUAAGAUAUGCCUUCAAAUGAGAAAGAAGGGUUAUGCAUCAAGAGUCAUUCUUCAGUGGUCCACUGAAGAGGAAAGCCUUCAUAUAAUCAAAUUUUGGCGUGAUGCCAACUUCCAGUUAGAGGCAAAAGAAUAUCAUAGUUUAAUGGUGAAAAAUGGUCAACAAAAUGUCGAUAAACCAGGGGAUUUUGAAUUUCCAGAAUUGUUAUCAGGGGGACGUCACAACUGCAAUGCACUCUAAGUUCCAAUGCUUUCAAGAUUCCUUUCUUCACCUCCAAAUUAGCAAAUGUAUGAUGGAAGUAACUCCCAAAAUUUAGGAACACUCUUUAGCCAAUUCUGUAAGAAGGCAACAGCACCGAGAAGGGCAAGAAGCUCCCAAGAGGCAAAGAAGCUGUGACGAUUUACAUUGAGAGACUGAGGAAGACUCUUUUGGCCUAUUCGGCAAGAAGGCGAGGCACCAAGAAGCUCCCAAAGAGCGUAGAAUCCGUGAAGACCCAUCUUCGUCUCCCUCCUGAAUGCUGCCAUCGCUGUCACUUCAAAGCCCGUCUCUACGUUCUUCAUCUCGCUGCUGCUGGAAGGUGAGUUAUGCGUCUUCUCUGAUUAGAUAAGGGUUUAUGUGACACCUUAUCUUCACUUGGAUUGCUUCGAUUUAUCUUUAUUUGUGCGUUUUGAUUCCUUCUGAGACUUUGAUUAUUGUUCAAGUGAAACUCUGUUUUUUGCUGUAAAUAUUUUUUCCCCUGCAAUGGGAUCAAGAUGCAUCCAAAAUCUGAAUUCCAAACGACGGUAUUAAGCAGCUUAAAACUCAUAUAGUUUGAGUUUUCACUUGGUUAACCUCUUAAAGUAAGUUGUGUGUGAUCUCUGUUCGAUAUUGGAAUGUCUACACUCUACAGUUCCAUGUGUAUAUAAUUACGGAGUAUGUUAAAGCCAAUUCCCAGUCCCAGUCAAAUUUAGUAGUUUAGGUUCUGAUUUUCAUCUUUUUUUCCCAUUGAAACACAAUUUAAGUUGAUACAAAGUAUAAUACUGAAGUUACAACUAAUGAACUAGUUCUGUACUU